UUGUUGGCAGGAAGCAACUCAGUCAGAGUGGCUGCCGUGAGUACAUGGAGGAGUACAGAUCUGCAAAAGUCAUGCUAGUUACAUGGGGCUACCUGGACAGAAGACUGGUGGCUUUUUGAGUCAUCCAAGGAUUUGGACUGGGAUUCAUCCCUGCACAUCUGGCUGCUAGGACUCGGCCAUGGCAGAUCCUGAACCCACGGACCUCAACAGCCAAGUGAAAGCUGAAAGCAAGAAACGCUACAGUGAGAUAUUUCGGAGCCUGGAUGCCCUAGAAAUUUCACUUGGAAAUGCGGCGGUUGAUAUGUUUAUUGAUGAGCCUAAUGAUGACAGUAGUGGAGCCUCAAACCCACCACCAGAAGAUAUACAGACAGAGGAAGUCUGUAGGUGUGAAGGAAAUGUGGAGGCAGGAGAGCCAGCAAACCUGUCAGCUGAAGAAGCUGAUGAGAUGCUGAUCAAAUGUGACGGUGGUGUGGAAGCAGCUUUGGGGUAUGCCAAGCUGUGGUGCAAAUAUGUCAAGGAGCUGUUGAACUGGAUAGACAAGCGUCUUGCUUACGAGGUUGAAUUUGCAAAGAACAUCCUGAAGAUUGCCGAAGCUGGCCGAAGUGCCGUUUUCCCACAGAAUUUCAUGCCCCUACAGAAACUGUACACCAUGGUAAUGGAGCAUGACAUAAAAGCAGGGAACCUAGCCAUUGAGACUGCUGGAAUUUUGCACCUGAAAGAAUACUAUGAGCCUCUUUGGGCCAAGAGGAACGAAAUUGAGAAAUGGCGGAAAGAGUUCAAAGAUCAAUGGCAGAAGGAGCACAAAAGGAUGAAUGAUUCCUUGUCCUCCAUGCGCAAGUCCCGGCAACAUUACCUCCAGCGCUGUGAGGAUCUGGAGAAAGCCAAACUGUUAAGUGCCAAGGCAGAAGAAGAAUUCCAGGGUGUAGCAGGCAGUGGCAACAAGCAGCUGGAGAAACGGCGCCGUUAUCGAGAUGAAGCCCAGAUAAAGGUUCAUGAAUCAGAAGUGGCCUACAAAGCGUGUGUUAUUGAUGCCAACAACCGCCGGCAGGGUCUGGAGAAAGUUAGGGAGAGGAUUGUGUCCCACAUUCGCAAACUAAUGUAUCAAGGUGAUGAGGUAUUGAGACGGGUGACACUCAGGAUGUUCAAACUCCAGCAGGCUCAAGCAGAGCGAAUCCCUGUAGCAUACCAGAGCCUGACUGAGUUCUGCACACCCUACCAGACUGGGGAGAAAUACCUGGACUUCAUUCAGAACCUGCGGAGGAAAGAGCUGUCAGUGGAGGUCUUCAAAUUUGAGGAGUUUGUACCCUCAGUGCAGAGGUCACCCUCCAAUGUCAGAAGGAAGAACGCUGCCCGCAUCUCAUCCCCUCCUGCUGACCUCAGCAAUUCCUCAGAAGACACCUCUGGAAAGCUGUCUUCCUUGAACAGUGAGCAAAGUGGCAACAAGUCUUUCCACAGUGACACAGAGAGCCUUGGAGGGAGUACUGAAGGCCAGUCUUUGGAUUCACCCACCUCCAGCCCAGGCCACAAGAAGCUGCUGAAGGCUCCAUCCACUGGCACAGUAUCCUCAGAAGAUGGUGAAGACAAAGUUCUGACACAAGUGUAUGACAAUGAUUCUACGGAUGCCUCUGAAAACGGUGUGUCCUGUGGCCAGUUCAAGAACAUAAAUCUGUCCACCGCUGCCCAGACUCACCGUCUGCGGAAAUUGCGGGGGCCUUCCAAAUGCAGAGAAUGCGAGAAUUUCAUGGUCACUGGGACGGAGUGUGAAGAGUGCUUGCUGACUUGUCACAAGAAAUGCCUAGAGACUCUUCUCAUCACCUGCGCCCACCAGAAGCUGCCAGCACGGAUGUCACUCUUUGGGGUUGGCUUUGGUCAAGUGCCACGGGAUUUCCCAGAGGAAGUGCCAUUCAUUGUGGUGAAGUGUACCUCGGAGAUAGAAACCCGUGCCCUCGGAGUGCAGGGAAUUUACCGUGUGAGCGGGGCCAAGGUCCGCAUGGAAAGGCUGUGUCAGGCCUUUGAGAAUGGCCAGCGACUGGUGGAGCUCUCGGACCAUUCGCCUCAUGACAUCACCGGAGUUCUUAAACAUUUCCUUAAGGAGCUUUCUAGUCCUGUGCUUCCGUACGCUCUUUAUGAUGAUUUCAUGGCCCUCUCAAGGAGCUUGCAGAAAAGUGAGGAAAGAAAAGUGGGAGAUUCUGAAACAUCGGCAGAUCCCAUCCAGAGGGCAAAAGAGUUACUGAGUGAAAUGCCAGCAACCAAUUACAACACCUUGCGGCACCUCAUCGCUCAUUUGUACAGGGUGGCUGAAAGAUAUGAGGAGAACAAGAUGUCCCCCAACAAUCUGGGGAUCAUCUUCGGCCCAACACUCAUCCGCCCUCCUGGGAGCAAUGAUGUUUCCAUGUCAUGCCUGGUGGACUCUGGGUACCAGUCCCAGCUGGUGGAAUUUCUCAUCCUCAACUACGAAAGGAUUUUUGGAAUGGAUGACCUGCCUUCAGGUGGCCUUUGUGAACGGGACAACUCUUUGAAAGAAGAAAAUACCCAAGAGACUCUCUCAAGCAAUGAGAGAAGUCUUGAUGUCUCUUCUGAGAACUUCAUAACACUGGGGCCAGAGCUGAAAACACUGCUUCACAGGCAUGGCUUUUUCCAGCAGAAGCACCCAUCUGCACUGUAUUUUGAUGAAGAGGAUGGUGUAACUGAGGCCAGGCAGAAGCAGAGGAUGGAGGAAACCGACUGCCCGCCAAGCAGAGACACCGUAGAGUUGAACAGCAGGGAUGACACUGAACCGAAGGACCCUCUGUGUGACCUAGAUGCCUCCGUCUGCCCCCAGUCCAGAGGACGCUUCAGCCGGAUGCCUGUGAAACAUCCCCGGGCCAACAUUCCCAGGGUUUCCAGCCUGGCCCUGCUGGCUACUACCCUGUCUGGCUUGGAGUCAGGAAGUGGCCUCCUGCAGCCAGGAUCAAAUAGCCGCAGUGCCUCUCCAGACACCCGUGGGAAACGCAAGCACUUGGAGAUCACCCCGGAGACUGCCCGCAUUGUCUCCAAAUUUCAGUCUCUGAAUGGAAGCCAAGAAGAGAGUUCAGCUGAACUGGGGAUGCCUUUAUAGAUGGAGUCUGCAGAUGAUCUGGGAAGGAGCAAGACUGAAUCUUGAGCACCGCGAUCUUCCUUUUCUUGGGAGAAAGCAGGACAAAGGGCCAACAUGCCAGUUCUUGGAGACAAAUGGCUGGACCGUAAUUCUGCCAAGCCAAAUAUGACAGUUCUCCUCUCUUCUCACAAGCAGCUUGACAGGACAUUUGAAAAGUGGGAAAGAAACAGACCUGGUGUUACUUCCACAAAUGUUGGAAGAAUGGCUGCUGCGUUUUGCAAAUAGUUUGUUUGCAAAGCUAAACCCAAAGGAGCAGGCUGAGGGGUUGUGCUGGGACACUAUAACCUCCAGUCUUGCAGAGGCUCUUAAAUGCUUCUGAUGCUAGGAACUGCUACUGCCAAUAUUUUGGUAAUGGUGCAGGCACUCACUAUCCCGAGAGGUAUUUGGUAUGAUAAAAAGUUGGCAGAUAAGAUGCAGAAUCUGGAGAAUCACACAACAUUGUUUGAGGUGCUAGGGAAGUAUGAAUGUGAUACAGCUGUUUCCAAGGGCCAGCUCUGCAACCAGAAACCAAUAUUAAAUAUAGCCUUUCUCUGAAUUUUGGACAAUAAUUUCCUCUCACUGUAGGGCUUGAGUGGUCGCCAGGAUUUUAAAAUUACUCUGUGUUUUCCAACCGUGGGUCCCUACAUGCUCUUGAACUAUCAGUCUGAGAAAUCCUGGCCACCAUAGCUAGUGGUGAAGGCUUCUGGGAGUUUUAGUCCAAGAACAUCAGGGGACCCCAGGUUGGGAACCACUCACUGUUUUAACUCUUCUGCUAAGAUUCAGAGAACUCGCAGGGUAAAGUUUUCAUGUGAAUUAGAAAGGAUGAUGUGGCCGUGCUGAGACUAUAUGAUGGGAAAACAUUGGACUAGAUGGAGUUGCAUGUAUCCUGAGGUUUUAAAAAUAUCAAAAUGGUGGCCAAGAAAGGUGAUUUCUGUAUACUGCAUGCAUUGUGCAAAUUAGGCAACUUUUUCAUUCUCCUAAUUGUGUGUACGUUGCCCCUCUACUGUUCUACACAGUUUAUUCUACUCCUUAUUAAUAGAAAGAACAGAGGGGCUGAAAUUCUUCCCCCACCUCAACCCUAGAAAUCCUGUACACUACUUUGCACCCUCCUGCCAUCUCAGCUUUCAGAAGGUUUUGCCCACAUGCUUUCUAAUAUAUCUUUUCAACCCUCA